UACGUCAGCGUCCGAAUUCACUCACUCAUUUCGUUCUCUCACUGCUGUGACAUAGUGCGCUCACUGCCAUUCACUAUAUUCGAAAUGAGUGAAUGAGUGAAUGAGUGAACGAUUUCGGACACUGCGAGAGAGAGAGAGAGAGAGAGAGAGCGAUCGCAACAAACAUGGCAACAGAGCGGAGCGGACAUGGGUGUCUUCUAACUUUCAUCGUGUUCCUCUGGAGCUCUGUCGGCGGGAGAACGGAGACACCGAGCCCCGGCUCGAGCAGUCAGAUUCUGGGCAUGCGGCUGGAGAGGAGCGAGAAGCCGGCGAGCACCACGGAGGACGGGCUCAUCCAGGUGACGGAGGAGAGCAGCGUGUUGCUCCGGCUUUAUGGGGUACAUCUGAGCCCGGACGCAGCAUCCCACAUCAGGUUCACGGAGGACGUGGAUACGGGUGACAGUGACGUAGCAAACAGGACUUGUGAAGAUUUCACCAAAGACUUUAGUAUCAGCAGUUAUAUGAAUGUGAGCAGCAGAGGUACAUCAGGGUUGGUGAGUGUGUAUAUAAAGGCACUGCGUAAAAGUGAACGAGAAAAGACCUACAGCCUCUGUGUCAGGCAGGGUUUGGAUGAUAAAUGGGUUAUUUUGGGUGAUAAUGAUGGUAGAUUGAUAGUUGUGGAGGAAAAAGCUUCUCUUCUGCCUCUUUGGCUUCAGAUGAUACUGGUGUCAUGCUUGCUGAUGCUGUCAGGCAUGUUCAGUGGACUCAAUCUUGGGCUCAUGGCUUUGGACCCAAUGGAGCUUCGCAUCGUGCAGAGUUGUGGCACCAGUAAGGAGAAGAAGUAUGCGCGUAAAAUCGAACCCAUCCGGAGCAAGGGCAACUAUUUGCUUUGCUCAUUAUUGCUUGGAAAUGUUUUGGUGAACACUACGUUGACAAUCCUUAUAGACGAUUUGAUUGGGUCUGGCUUGGGUGCCGUGCUGGCAUCAACGGUUGGCAUUGUCAUAUUUGGUGAAAUUGUGCCACAAGCACUUUGCUCUCGCCACGGUUUGGCCGUGGGUGCCAACACCAUUGUAUUAACCAAGUUCUUCAUGCUGCUCACCUUUCCAUUGUCAUUUCCAAUCAGCAAGCUCCUGGACUGUAUCCUUGGGCAGGAAAUUGGCACCGUGUACAACCGUGAGAAGUUGGUGGAGAUGCUGAAAGUCACCGAACCCUACAACGACCUAGUCAAGGAAGAGAUGAACAUCAUACAAGGUGCUUUAGAACUGAGAACCAAAACAGUUGAGGACAUAAUGACGCCUCUAAGCGACUGCUUCAUGAUUCACAUUGAUGCGGUGCUGGACUUCAACACCAUGACUGAGAUCAUGGAAAGUGGCUACACACGGAUACCCGUGUAUGACAUGGAACGCUCCAACAUCGUAGACAUCCUGUAUGUCAAGGACUUGGCCUUCGUUGACCCAGACGAUUGCACGACACUCAAAACAGUCACCAAGUUCUACAACCACCCGGCUAAUUUUGUCUUCCAUGACACCAAGUUGGAUGCCAUGCUGGAGGAGUUUAAGAAAGGUAAAUCUCACCUGGUUAUCGUUCAGAAGGUGAAUAAUGAAGGAGAAGGAGAUCCGUUUUAUGAGGUUGUGGGGCUGGUCACGCUGGAGGACGUUAUUGAGGAGAUCAUCAAAUCUGAGAUCCUGGACGAGUCUGAUCUCUAUACUGACAAUCGUAACAGAAAGAAAGUGGAUCCCAACAAGAACAAAAGGGACUUCUCUGCUUUUAAACAUGAGAGGGAAUCCAAGCUGAAGAUCUCCCCUCAGCUAAUGCUUGCUGCACACCGAUUCCUCGCCACAGAGGUGACUAUCUUCAGUCCACUCCAGAUUUCAGAUAAGGUGUUACUACGAAUCCUCAAACAUCCAGAUGUCAUUCAGGCGGUAAAGUUCAACGAAGACGACAAGCGUGCACAACAGCACUACUUAUAUCAGCGUGGAAAACCUGUCGACUAUUUCGUCCUAAUCCUUCAGGGUCGAGUGGAAGUGGAGGCAGGAAAUGAGAAUAUGAAGUUUGAAACGGGCCCUUUUUCUUAUUAUGGAGUCAUGGCUCUGACUGCAUCAUCCCUGGCUGUCACCCCCCCUCUCUCUCCUACCGUGGUGUCGCCUCGUCCGCGACGCCUUUCGCUUAAGAGGUUUUCUCUGUUCUCUCGUUUUCCAGAGUUUCGCUCGCUGUCACAUGUGAGCGGAUUGAAUCGCUCAGUGUCUCUGAGCUGUACUGAGAGAGUUGAGUCUGUAUCUAUCAGCGGAAGUAACAGUCAGCUCAGUAACAGCCCAUCUGCACAGUACGUCCCUGAUUUUAAUGUGCGGGCCCUCACUGACCUACAGUUUGUAAAGGUCACACGCUCACAGUACCAAAACGGACUUCUGGCGUCCAAGCUGGACAGCACCCCCCAGUCCCCUGAGAGCAGCCAUAUGCGACUGGAUCCUGCCCCCCUACCACCUCCAACUCCACCCAACACCACCAUCAUAAACUACACCACAGCGCCACCGGCACUUAAAGAGAAUGGCCCCGAUGAGACCACCUUACUGCUCAACGACAAGAACAGCCUCCCCAAACGCCGCCACACCCACCAUCAGAAUCAGUCACACCUGAACACCAGUGUCAACUCUAAUUCCAGCCCGAACCCUCAAAUUCACCCAAAACCUCUUUAUCCCCACGGCAACAGCAGCCCGACGUCACUCCCCAACACUCAUGUGCAUCCAAACGCUAACCUCCACACGAUCUCACACACUGAGAGUACCAUAUGACGAAACUAAUCUGGAGCCCUGUCACACAGAGCUCCAGAGUUGACCAAAUGCAAUCACAUACACACCAAUACACAAACACGGAUAAAAUUGAACUUGUUGAACUGCUGGCAGGGACCCUUCCUUCAUGUCAGUUCCAGCUAGAUACUAAGCUAAAAAAAACUUAAAAACACCCAACAGGAUGUGUACUGUGCUUCCGAUUCUUGUAAUCGUUUUGUGAAACGAUAAUGCGUGUUUUAAAGAAAUAGUUCACCCAAAACUGAAAAUUCUGACAUUAUUUUACUCACCCUCAUGUGUCUGUGAAACACAAAAAAGUAAAUUUUUCAAGAAUAUCCUGGAAAAUCUUUUCCAUAUAUUGAAAGUGAAUGGGGACUGAUGCCUUCAAGCUCCAAAAGAACUAUAAAAAUAUCAUAAAAGUAGUCCAUAUGACUUGUCCGCUAUAUUCAAAGUCUUCUGAAGCCACAUGAUAGCGUUGUGUGAUGAACAGACCAGAAUUUAACUGAAAUCUUGCCCUCCGCUGUAGAUUUUAAAUCAGAUAUGGUGCUGUUAGAUUCAUCGCAUCAGGUUUGACAUCAAUGACAUCAAAAGUCUUUUUUUGUGUCUCUUGUGACCAGUGUUGGUGUAAUCAAAUUACAAAGUAAUUAGUUACUGUAAUAAAUUUUUAGUAAAAAAAAAAAAAAUAGUGUAAUGCAUUACAUCUAAUUACAUAAAUACUUGUAAUCAGAUUACAGUUACUGACUUUAAAUUCAAUUAAUUACUUUUAAGUACAGUAGGGUUAUGCUUAUUUCUAAUAUAUUAUUUAUGUAGAAUACAUGAAUUAUGGCCCCGUAACGAGUCAUUCUAAAGGAAAAAUGUGAGGUGCCGUGUGUAUGACUUGUGUAUAACAAUGAACAAGAAAUAUAGACAUAAUUUUGAAUUUGUUGAGUGUAAAAAUGUUUUAGAAUGUAACUUAAUUAGUAAUGUGAUUACUUUUCAAUGAAGUAAUUAGUAAAGUAAUCUGAUUUCAAUUUUAGAUAAAUAAUUAGUCAUUUGUAGUGGGUUACUAUUUUUAAGUAAGUUAUCCAACACUGCUCAUGACCAAACAUUGAUGUCAAACCUGACGCUAUGGUUCCAUAUUUGAUUUGAGUGCAAGAGGGCAAGAUUUUCAGUGAAUAACAACAUCCUUUAAUCAUACAAAACUGUCUUAUGGCUUCAAGAGGCUUGGAAUAUAGUGCACAAGCCAUAUGGACUACUUUAAGGGUCAGUGGCUUUUUUGUCAUUUAGGAGCUUGACAACCUUAGUUCCCAUGCACUUUCAUUAUAUGGAGAAAAAAAGUGGCCAUAAUACUCUUCAAAAAUUCCCCUUUAGCGUUCCACUGAAGAAAAAAGCCUUUUGCUAGGACACGAGGGUGAGUAAAUAAUGACAGAUUUUUCAUUUUUAGUCUAACUGUUCAAGAGGUACGAUGUUUUCGGUUUUAGGGGCUGCGGGUUCAGCCGGAGGUCAAGGUGUUCAUGAUAAGUUGUGGUGACUGUUUUCAUCCAGACCUGUUUGUCUGCUAUUGCAUGAUAGUCAUUUAGACAUAUAUUCACGUAGACACUCCUCUCCCAAAACUUUUGGUGAAGUGUGUACUUGGUAUGCGACAAAUAGCAGUGCCCUUUGCAAAACCAGGUCAUUUUAAUGGCAUUAUACAAAAUUUAAUUGGUAUAUAACACAAUUAUUGUAAGAUAUGCACUUAUAUAAUGUCUCUGACCCUGAGGCAUAUGUUGUAUGCUGUUGUGUUUAGUUUGGGGUCUUUGAGAACUCUGAGGCUCAGUUCAUAAGCUAUUAUUACCAUGGGAAAUCCAUGGACUUGGUAACGUUUGUGUGGAACUAACCUUUUAGCACAAACUAUAUUCCUUUCAAAGAGAAAGUUCUGAUCUAGAUUGCCUGCUGUAUAUUGUAGUUCUAUAUGAUUAUAUGAAAGCUUUCUUUUGAAGAUGAAAGCAUCAAGCCAAGUUUAUUUGGUGUACUGCGCUACAGGAUGUAGCUUUAUGUGAUGAAAUUGUUGCUCUACGUGACAAACGUGAAGGAAACCUCUUUGUAAAUUUAGUUUGGAGACGUGAAAUUUGCUGACGCGGAAAAGGUUUGGAGAACUUUAUGGUCAAUGUAUAUACAAAAAAUGUGAGCUAUUUGUAGCAAAGAAGUAUUGAGCAUUGACCUUUGCAAAAUACCAAACUACAGACUUUUUGAUAUGAAAUACAAUAUAUAAUAUAUAAAUUAUUUAAAUAAAUAUUCAAAAGAUUGAAUGUAUUUAUUUUUGUCUAAAUAUGUAUUGGAUCUAUAUCUACAGUCAACAUUUUGUAUGCUUAUAUUUUAUUUAUUCUCUUUGGACAUAAUUAUAAUUCUUCCAAGUAAAUCACACACACACAUACACAAAAAAGAAAAAAGUCAAGGUCAUAUUUCCCACCAAUCUGUAAUGUGUUUGGACAUUUUACUUUUGAGUUGGUUUCAAAUUCCCAUGGUCAGCGAUGAUUCCCAUUAUAUUAUCAUCAUUUUAAUACAACACUUUAUUGUAUUACAAAAUAAUAAUAAUAAUAAUAAUAAUAAUAAUAAUGUAACAAAAUAAUUUAUGCUGAUUUUAAUUUAAAAAAAUGUUGUAAGGCAAUAUAUACUAACAUACUGCCAUGAUGAAUAAAUACUUUACAAUUGAGAUAUUACUGUAAUGUGAAAAUUAAAAAUUAAAAAUUGAGAGGAAAUAUAAUUAUGAAAAUAAAUUCACAAUGGUCCAAAAAAUUAUUAUAAUAAUUAUUAUUUUACAAUUAUUAUAUUACAAAUAACUGUUUAUUAUAGUUUAUCAUUUUAUUGUAUUUAUUUUAUGUAUUUUUAUUUUGUGGGGAAAUACGACCCAGACAUGUUCUUGACAGGUUUUGUGAGAUUCACCCACUUUUUCUUUGUUUUUCUCAAAGGGUUUGAUGGAUCAUGUUUUGUAUGUUCAGUUCUAUGGUUUUUGUGCAUUUGUGUUGUGUUCUCUCUCAUGAAUAUAUCUAGUGGUGCGGUUGUAGCAACAACAAAGCAGUUUCUCACUUGAAUGGCAGCAUGAACUGCUGCUCUCAUGCACUCUCAUGAACGCACGUGCACAGGAGAGCAACGGUUCCUGAAUAUUUUCACCAAAUAAUACAUUAGAUUUUGGUUUGGUUCUCAACAAAUCUUAUCGUAUGCCUUUAGAACAAGGCAUGAGUCGCAUUUAAUCAUUUAUUAGACCUCCGAAUUAUUCUUUUGGGUCAUUUUGAAACUUGAAGAGGUGGUCACCAUCUCCUGUCAUUGUAUGACAUCAAUGAGCAGAACAUAUUUUGAAAAUGUCUCUCUUUGUGUACCAAAAAAAGAAAGUAAGUCAUAUAGGUUUAGAGCAACAUGAGGAUGAAUAAAUAAUGACAGAAUUUUCAUUUUUGGAUGAAUUAUACCUUUAGAAAUGAACCAAUCAUGAGUUAGUUAAUCUAAAGCCUCGUUCCUUGGUAUACAGUGUCAGUGUGAUAGAUUUUCUACAAGAGAAGGUAUUCACACUGUAAGUGCAUGCAUAGAGGGUACAGUGUUAAAAGUGUUGUUUUAUUUCAGUAAUUGUAUAAAAACCCCACUGAGAUGUCCAAGUUAUAGAGUAUAAAGUAUUUAAAUGGAUUACUCAAUGGUAGGUUGGAAGAACAGCAUUGGAUUGUUGUUAUUGUUAUUUAUCAGUUUUGCUUCUUGAAAAGAAAUGGACUGUUCGAAGUUUGUAUGGUGAUUUAUGAGUUAUUUAUAUCUGUUUUGUUGCCUUUGAGAGAUUUUAUCUAAUGCAAUAAGUAGUUAGGGGUUUUGUUUCUUUUUUUUUUUAAACAUGUUCAAUGUACUGUUGCACAGAGAGAGAACUUGAGUUGCAUUUUACCUCAAUUGUCAUUUCUUGUAUGUGAAAUUUAACUAGUUUUUAGUUUAACUAAUACCAAAACAUGGGUGUUAUGAGCUCAAACUCUGUACAGCAGUGUAGGAUGUAUAAUGACCAAAGUUGCCACACUACAUGAAAUAAAAUUUGUCAGUCAACACAUCGGCCAAAGCAUUUUGCACUUUGAUUUGUCCAUUUAAUUCCUCUGUGACACAUUCUUGCACAGGGAUACUGUUUGUGCGUUUGGUUUAUUUGGUGGGGGAUGCUUUUGUCGCUUGUAACUAAUGAAAUUCCUUUGAGCCUGAUGCUGAGCUUUUGAAUUCAGUUCAGUAAUCUGCUUUUAAUGUUCAUAGUUGUUUCACCAAAGGAUAUGGGAGAGAAGUUUUGACUUGUGUGUUUCUAGAGUUUGAUAAUUAGAUGACGGUGAAGGUUAAAGUUUCUGAAUGUGUGUUUUCAGGAAAUGGUUGCAUUUUCCACUGUGCAUAAUUUACUUUUUGGGGUCAUGACCUUUAAAUUGACCUUUUGAACUGUUCAGGGCCUUGCAUAGCAAAUUAAGCCAUUUGAAUGGUUUGCUUUACACUACAAAAUGAAUGGGAAUGCACUCGUCUUCCGUUACAAAAAGUCAUGUUUGCUAGUGCAAUUGAUUGGCAUGGUAGCUUUUGAAUUCUCUAAUAAUUUCUUCCUCUGAAAAUUGUUUUGUUUUGUGAAUGGAUGAGGUAUGAUGAGUGGUUUCUUUUAACUUUUAAAAACCAUCACUGUUGGGAUUUUAAUACAUUUUUCUUUUCUUUUUUAAGUCGCUCGUCUUAUAAGGGAAAAUGCAAAUGUACUGCACCUUCCAUUAACUUUGUUGGUCCUAUUUAAAGCAAUGUGUACAUAGUAUUUUAUAAUUAUGCUGUUUGAAUUCUGAUGAGGAUGGUAAAUGGUAACUCAAAGAGACAUAUUUCUCAA